AUGGUUGCAUUACUUGAAAAGUCAAAAAUGUUUGGCAUUCCAAUGGGUAUAAGGUAUGGCUUUAUGGCAUUUGAGCAAUGUAGUCUUAGUGUACCAGCAAAUGAACCCUUAGAUCCUCAAGAGGCUAAAUGGAAAGGUUAUGGAAGACAAUAUGACUUUACCA